UAAUGUGAUAGCACAGCCAUAGCCACUCAAGCCAGCCACGAGUUCCAAGUGUCCCUGGCAAAGCACACCUUGGAGAUCUGAGACGCAUCGCUCUAGUCACCAAGAUAUCUUCUUGAUCGACCUGCUAUACUAUCUCGAUCUGUUAAUCGCUACCGACCGAGUUUAACCUCAUGCUGCUCGGGCGGUUGACGAAACACAAACCACUAGGAUUCUAUACUGCCUGCACAGUACGCCUUUAACACCACGGAUAACAGGUCCAGGGUUCCCACAACGCGUUCCCACAACGCGUUCCCACAACGCCCCAAAUGGUAAUCCUUACGACCUACGUUCUCCAUGAAUGGAUAACAGCCGAAGAGCUUCAUCCUGCAACCAGGACAGAAUGGUCACCCGGCAGAUAUCCCUGCAGCAAACCCCCAGCAUCCAACCCAGAGCCCAGUCCUAAGAUGCCAACGGAACCAACAUGCGUCACCAUGAAAACAGAUGCUCGGAACAGACCUCCGCGCCGGACUCCUCUCCACGAUCCCAACCCCCUCACAGUCCCCUGCAGAACCAAAACAAUGCUAUCCAACCUCAAUGCCCUGAAACGGAGCAUCUCGAUCUCUCACCCAGCAGCCCACCAUCAUGGCUAGUACCUCCCUUGACACGGAGGUGCCUGGCC